GAUUCGUUUUGCAGUUCGAAAUGGCGAUUUGGUAAAGAUUAUACUCCCAAUCAUGGUUUGCGUGUUGAUACUUGCAUGCAUAGCCCUUGGGAUAUGCAAAUACAAAGGUAAAGUAAAAAAUGUCUCUCAUUUCAAAACUGUACUUCAUUGUUCUGAGUGUUAAUAACAAACUAUUGAUCUUUAGCAAGCAAACAAAAGAAGACGGAAAUCCACAAUGGACCAAUGAUAGGAUACCUUAGCUCAUCUAAUGAAAUUGGAGGUGAACAUGUGGACUUUCCUUUUGUUACCUUUGAAGAUAUUGCCGCGGCAACAGAUAAUUUCUCGGACUCUAAACAAAUCGGAAGUGGUGGUUUUGGCAAAGUUUACAAGGGUAUUCUGCAAGUGAACACUGAAGUUGCUAUCAAACGACUUAUUAAGGGUUCUAGGCAAGGGAUGGAGGAGUUUAAAAAUGAGAUAAUUCUAAUUGUAAGAUUGCAGCACAAAAACCUUGUUAGACUUCUUGGUUGCUGUAUUCAUGGAGAUGAGAGGUUACUUAUCUAUGAAUACUUACCAAACAAAAGCCUGGAUGCCUUCCUUUUUGAUAGUACAAGACAAUCUGUGCUUGAUUGGCCCACACGCUUCCAAAUUAUUAAAGGGGUGGCGAGAGGUCUUCUUUACCUCCACCAAGAUUCAAGAUUAACUAUAAUUCACAGGGAUCUCAAACCAAGCAACAUCUUACUGGAUUCCGAAAUGGCUCCCAAAAUAUCAGAUUUCGGUAUGGCAAGGAUCUUUGGUGGAAACAAACAAGAAGCAAAAACUGCCCGGGUUGUUGGGACAUAUGGUUACAUGUCACCUGAAUAUGUUAUGGGAGGUGUCUUUUCUGUAAAAUCGGACACCUAUAGCUUCGGUGUUCUUCUCUUAGAGAUUGUAAGUGGCUUGAAGAUCACCUCAGCGCAACUGGUAGAGAACUUUGUGAGCCUGACAACUUAUGCAUGGAGACUGUGGGCAGAUGGAAAAUCAACAGAAUUGAUGCACUCUUCGUUUGCUGAGAGUAGUUCACUUCAUGAAGUUCUACGGUGUAUUCAAGUCGGUCUCCUGUGUGUUCAAGACCGUCCGGAUGAUAGGCCACUCAUGUCAUCAGUUACCUUUAUGUUAGAGAAUGACAGUGCAUUGCUCCCAGCACCAAAGCAGCCUACAUAUUUUGCUCUACAGAAUUUCGAAGCUGAAGAAUCAAGGGAAAACUCUGUGAGUACAGUGACCAUCACAACACUAGAGGGGCGUUAG